UCACGAUGCUGUUGCUGCAAGCUGUUCUGCUGCUGCUAGUUCUACCCAAUAGUGACACCUCUACUGAAGGACCUGGGGUUCUACUUUCCCCACCCAAGGAUGGCUGUCCAGGGUGGAUGGCAGGCAUCCCAGGGCAUCCUGGCCACAAUGGGACUCCAGGCCGUGAUGGUAGAGAUGGCACGCCUGGAGAGAAGGGCGAGAAAGGAGAUCCAGGUCUCAUUGGUCCUAAGGGUGAUGCUGGUGAGACUGGAGUGACUGGGGAUGAAGGUCCCAGAGGCUUUCCAGGAACCCCAGGCAGAAAAGGAGAACCUGGAGAAGGUGCCUAUGUAUACCGCUCAGCAUUUAGUGUGGGCUUGGACACCCGAGUCAUCGUUCCCAGUGUUCCCAUUCUUUUUACCAAGAUCUUCUACAAUCAGCAAAACCACUAUGAUGGCUCCACUGGCAAAUUCCACUGCAGCAUUCCUGGGCUGUACUACUUCUCCUACCAUAUCACAGUAUACAUGAAAGAUGUGAAGGUCAGCCUCUUCAAGAAGGACAAGGCUGUGCUCUUCACUUAUGAUCAGUACCAGGACAAGAAUGUAGACCAGGCCUCUGGCUCUGUGCUCCUGCAUCUGGAGGUGGGUGACCAAGUCUGGCUCCAGGUGUACGGGGAUGGAGAGCAUAAUGGGCUCUACGCAGAUAAUGUCAAUGACUCCACUUUCACAGGCUUCCUUCUCUACCAUGACACCAACUGA